GAACUUAGGGAGGGAUAGAUGAAACGGGAAAGAGAGAAGCUCGAGCGCGCGAUCGAGAAGGACGGAGCAAGGGAAACAUGCGACGGGUGGUCCCCAUUCCCGACACUCGCGCGAGAACGAGCGGCUCGACGCGCUGCACGCUCGUGGAUCGCGCGCACGCACGUGAUCGCGCACGCUCUCGCGUAAAACGUUCCGUCCGACCACUCUACGCGUACUUAUUGUUAGCUAACUCCUAAAUCUUCACGACAGGAUAUCCAUACGUGUGAUUCUGUUUCUCUCGCUUCCUCUUUCUCUCUCUCUCUCUCUAAAGAAUGCCGCCUCCCGCACCGUCACGUGUCUGAUCUCUUCGAUCCCUCUGCGAACGAGAGUUAAAACACUCAGUUCCUGUCAUCGUGACGAUAGUGAGUGAUAUUUGGUGGUUCCUCGCGAAUACCAUUAUUAAAAGACGUGUCUGUGAGAGACGUAUAUUUUUUCCACAGCGAGGUGAUAAUUCAGAGAAUAAUUAUACACACUAUUCUCGGUGUCUCUUUCUCAAAUACUUUAACCGUAGACGAUUUCUUAUCCUAUUGUGACUGUGCACUCUGAUUAUUAGUGUGAUCGCAUAAUCGUGCUUGAAGAUAUCGGAGUGUUUUGAUAAUCCGCGCGAAAUUUUGCGACCGACUCGUGAUUGUGGAUAAACUUCGAUGGUGCCGAGAGGCGCGAAUUUAAAAGAAUCGAUCGGACCUUCAUGGAUUAUAAUCCGGAUCAGGCUCUUACACAGUGACGAGUUUCACCCAGAAGAGACGUCGAGUGUUCAAGAAUCGCUCGUGCAGCGAGAUGGCUCAUGUGAAAAGCCGGCGGACAUGUAAACCAUUGAAAAUCGGCGAGCAGGUCCGCGCUCGUGCUGCCAGGAAAAAGUUUAUUCCAUAACAAGAGAGAGAAAACGAAAGAAAAAAAGAGAAAAGAAACAGAGUUAAAAAAAGAGGCGAAACAGUGCGAGAGCAACAAGAAGCAGGAAUCUCGAUGUAAAGGUGCCCAGUCUCGAACGCGAAUCCCAAAAAUAAUGGGUUGAACCACCUUUCGGGUGGUGUCUUACUCGUUUACAGGAAGAAGCUAAAAUGGAAACUCGAUUAAACAAUGACUUUUGCGCUGAUUGCGCGACUUAACGAACGAUAAUCGGAUUUGUGCAUUUUGCAUUACGUAUAAAAGAAAUGGCCUGCGGAAAGAGAUACUUGAAAUACUAGAAAUCAACGUUUAGUGAUAAAGUGCGAAGUUUUCAAUGAUAAUUUUUGAUAUUAAAUUUUCGGAAAGUGUCGCCCAUUUCUGGAAAAAAAUUGUUCUCUUCAAUUGACCGCAUUUUUUCGUUAGUUUUUCCCAAUCCUAUCGAGCAGAAUCAAUCUUUAUCGUUCAACUCGCUCGUAAAUCAUGCUCAUUAUUUAUACAAGAGGAGAUUUCGAUGCACAACUUUAAAUAUUUAGCUCGUCGCAUUUCUCGUCCAUCAUUAUCCGCGGACGAAUAAAAUCUUAUCAAGUAGCGGUGUAAAUGCAAAUGUAAAAAACACCGAAGCCGAGAAAGGACGGCUGCAAGAUAAACGGAGAGACGUAAUAUCUGCGAGGAAACGUUACUUACAGCGGUUCAAGGACCCCGUGAAGUUACGAAGAAGACGAAGAGCGACGACGACGACGACAACAACGACUGCAGUUUCGAGCGAGUUUGUUGUACUCGCCAAAAUCGAUUGUUAUCUAGGUCGAAGGUAUCUUACAGAAGCUCAUCGAAAUAGAAUAACACAUCACUAUUCAACAAAAAGGAAAUGUCACUUUCUUAGAUCCCACUUGAUGAUUAAAUCAUCAAACUACGAUAUCAAACUAAGAUAUUUUUUUACAUAAAAUACAAAGCAGGCAAUAAAAUAAAACAGUCUUACUAAUGACAUAUCCUGCGAAUUUUAUUCGUUCAACUUAAUAUUUAAUGUUCUUGUUGGCAGAAACAUCUUAUAUUACGAAAGACUCAAUCGCAAUAACGUUAUAUGGAGUAACAAAAUAAAGCUCAAUUGAAUAAGGUGAGACGAACAAGUGUUUCAAAGUAUCCAAAGGAGCAUCGAGAAGCGCCUAAUAAUUAAUCGAGCUUAUUAAGUGAUAGUCGCCUUAUUAUUAUCAAGAAAGUUAAAUCGAUAGAUAAUUACCGGGACCAGAAUUGAGAUUCGAAGAGAGAAGCCAACGACUUUCUUCUCAUCUCUUCGUCCAUCGUGGAUCGAGGAAAAUAUCGCGUGACAAAGGAUUUUAUACAUCAUCAAAACGACAGAAAACUCUGGCGAAAGUGCCCGAGGUAUCCGAGGAUCGAGAGGUGCGCGCGCGCGCGAAUGCUGAAUUAUCGCCGACGUCGUCCAGGUGCACCAGGUUGUUCGCCAUCGACGCCGAUGAUCGUUCAAUGCCCGUACAAUGGACGUUUUCAAACUCGAUCAGUCGCUGAGCACGGGUUUGGGCAGCGCCCCGGCGCCGGACACCCUCACGCCGGAGGUGUCGUUCGACGCCGGAAGUGAAUUCAAUCUGAGCUUCUUCGACGGCCCAGAGGAGAACAACAGUACCCAGGGCUUCAGCGAUCCCGGUUCCGUGGGUAGCACCAGCGCCUCGCCGCCCCCCGGUACACCCGGUGGCGCCGUCCCCCCUCCCGCCGCCGCCGCCGUCGCAGCCACCCCCGCAGCUUCCUCCGCCGGCGUUAAUAAUCCGCCGCUGCCGAUUGUCCAAGUGCCCUCCGCCGGUAUCGUCAUUAAGCAAGAGCAGCAUUACGCGGCAGCUGAUUCCAACAGUUCGACGCCCGCUAAAAGCUUCGUACCGUGCAAGGUUUGCGGCGAUAAAGCCAGCGGCUACCAUUACGGCGUUACCAGCUGUGAGGGUUGUAAAGGCUUCUUCAGGAGGAGCAUACAGAAGCAGAUAGAAUACAGGUGCUUGAGGGACGGCAAGUGUCUCGUCAUCAGAUUAAAUCGGAACCGUUGCCAGUAUUGCAGAUUCAAGAAGUGCCUAGCCGUCGGCAUGUCCAGAGAUUCUGUGAGAUACGGCAGGGUGCCGAAACGCUCCAGGGAACGCGGCCCCGAGGACACGAUGGCGACGACCAUGACGACGACGACGACGACGACAACGACGACGACGACGAUGGCGGCCAUGGAAAUGCAGCAACUCACCACGCCCGAUACCGGCAACAACAAUGCCAACAACAAGAAUAACAAUAACAAUAACAACAACAAUAACAAUAAUAACAACAACAAUAAUACCCAGAGCCAGAACGCGAUCUCGCGGGUACCGCCAGCCGCGGUGGUCGAGGCUGAUCAAUCGGACGCUGACGUGAAACAGCUGGCCGUAUAUGACGUGAUUCAUCAGGUGUCGCAGGCGCAUCACGCUCACUGCGGCUUCACGGAAGAGUCCACUAGAGGCCUCACGAGAAAACCCAUGAUAAUACCGGCGAGUAAUUCUUCGCAGCCCGCUAGCCCGGAGGACCCGGAAGCCGCGUCCUCAACCGCAGAAACAGUUGAGUCGCAGAGGAUCUGGCUGUGGCAGCAGUUUGCUACGAGGGUGACGCCGUCUGUACAGAGGGUGGUAGAAUUCGCAAAACGAACGCCAGGGUUCUGCGAGCUCUCGCAGGAUGAUCAGCUAAUCCUGAUUAAAGUCGGCUUCUUCGAAGUGUGGCUCUGCCAUAUCUCCAAGAUGACAACCGAUAAUUCGAUGACCUUUGAAGAUGGCACCUACUUUACCCGACAGCAACUGGAAUUGAUGUAUGAGCCCGACUUCGUGUCUGCAUUGAUGCAAGUCACGUCGUCGUUGAACGCCCAUCAACUAACGGACACCGAACUGGGCCUGUUCUCGGCGGCGGUGUUGCUAAGUGAGCGACCGGGAUUGAACGAUGUCAAGGCCGUGCAGAGGUUGCAGGAUCGCGUGCUGGAGGCGCUGAGAGUGCAAGCGGCGCGUCCUUCCAGCGAGGGAUCAGGCGGUUCGGUCACCAGUAUUUCGCAGAGGAUACCCGAACUAAGAGCACUCGGUGCCAGGCAUGUCAGUCUUCUCGAUUGGUUCCGCAGAAAUUGGACGAAGCUCAAGUUACCGCCGCUAUUCGCCGAGAUAUUCGACAUUCCCAAAUGCGAAGAGGACUUGCAAUGAAGAGAGACAUAAGGUGCAAGAUAAUUCGAGAUCAAUGAUAUCGAUACUCGGUACUGGCAAGAAACCAAGUUGCUCAGCGCUUAUCGAGACUGCUCUGAAUAUCUAGAGAACCAUUCGUUUUGAUUCAUAGACGGCCAAACACGAUUACAAUGCGAUCCAAAAGUGAAUGAAGAAUGAGCGAUGGAAUGAGAAAUGAGACGUAUCAUUUUUGUGAAUGAUACGUUUAUCGAAGAUAUAGUCUAUCGCGAAGAAUAAUAGCUAAAUUAAAGAGAAAAGAGAAGAAAAGCUACGAUUAUCGAUGAUUAGCGCCAAUUUUUGCUAAUGUAUCGAGAUUUCGAUGGUUCAAAGAAUAAUGGGAAAUCCAGUAUCUUUGGUUAUAAAAGGCUCGUAACAAGCUUGCUGUAUUAGAAAAUUGAGAAAAAUAAAGAAAAAAAUAUAUAUACACGAGACCGUCGAUUAUCCAAAUGGCGAGUUCAAAUAGCGAUUACGUGAAUUUUCGACGGUGAUCUUUUGAGAUACUCUCGCUAAUUUUGCUCCCAGAAUAUCUCGAUCGCUCGAAUAAUGUGUAACGACCGAUAAAAGAUAAUUGGAAGAGGACAAAAGAGAUUAUAUCUUUAAAAGCCGCCGUAGGCAAUAGGACGGAGCUUUGAGAAGUUUUCGUGCAAGUUUUCGGAGGGGGAGAUUGGCAGACAGUAAUUUGCUCAAAUUCAAUGGAAACGGCUUUGUACUAUUCGCCAGGCAAUACCACACGCAUACAGCACGUGUGUUUCCGGACGAGCGUGUACUCAGUAAAAUACUCAAUCGACGAAGGAGGCAUCUUUCGCGUCGCGUCAAGUAUAACGGGUGGCUCCUUUAUCCGCCGCGACGACGCAUGGCCAAGCACAAAUACAUAAAUCAUGUCAUGAACAUCCGUUCAUGUUCAAGAUUUUGUCGUCUUUUUGUUUUUUUUUCUGCGAUCAUAUCUAAGGUUUAAGGAUUUCAAACAUACAACGUGCAGCACUCAUUCGAGCGGGUUAUUUCGCUAGAACGGAAAUCGGCCAGAUGAUACAGAUAGCAUCAUAGCAACAGCAACACCAACUCAACGGACAUAUCAGAAAUUAAGAUUACGAAGUGUUCCCCUCUGUAUUAAGCAUCGCCGAGUACGUUCGUGUCUUUUGCUAGAGUCAGAAUCGGUGACAUUUUGAUGUUACAGGUAUAUGCGGAGAUUGAUUUUAAAUCACAUCUCGCGAUAGUUUUAUCUCUCUUACAUAUUUUAUAAUUAUAUUGUAUAUAAUUAUACGCGUAAUUAUAAUAUAAUUAUUAUUGCACAUUUUAAAGAGACAGAGAGAGGGGCGAAGGGAGGAAGAGUGAGAAAGAAAGAGAAUAUAUUCUAAUUGUAAAUUCUCCCAAUUUCCACAUAUUUUUAUCUUUAUAAAGUUAAAUAUUAUAUAUCAAAGCACACAUUUUUCCGUGCUCUUCUAUUACUAAAUUUUUACCGAAAUGUCACCGAUUUCGAUUUCUGAUUUGUUGCGAUACCGAAAGAACGAUGAGUGACUGUAUGGCCAUGUAAACAUAACGAAAUGCACACGCGAACACGCAUACUAAGCAACUAUGUAUUUAUUAUGCGUGUAAUUAAUGAAAUCAUACAGAUGUGAGAGGAGGCAUAUACAAAUUUCACGUUGUAAGGCUCGGGAGGAUAUCUUUAUAAGACGUAUCUCCUUGUAGAUGCAUUCGCUACGAAUCUCAAUCUAUGCAAUCUCUAUUUUUAUUACUCGACAAGUAGAAUAACGAAUUAUAUAUUUCCAUAUAGUUAUGUGUAUAUAUAUAUACACAUACAUACAUAUAUAUACAUAUAAUUAUAUAUCACUGCGUAGCGUUUCGAGAAACCGUUCCGGACGGAAGCGCAUGAGAAAAAAAAACCGAAACGCAUAAUCGGCGCUUCGGGGAUUAUUAAAGUUCCUUAAUUGAAACAUACCGACAAAAAUGAAAGAAAAAAAAGAAAAAAGGGAAGAAAAUUAUGCGUACAUCUAUCACGUACAUAAUAUAUCCGCGCACACAUGCAACGUCCAGAAAACUAUCCGAGUCGCGCUUCCGCGCGAAACGAUCUGGAAGCGAACGCGGGCCGACUCUUCAAACUUUAAACACUAAUAACUUUCUGACAAUGACUAGCGUAUAAUACAUAACGAUAUAUAAUCGCAAUGCGUGUGUGAAUAUGCGUGUAUGCUUUUGUGUGUAUGUGUGUGUAUGCGUGCAUGUGCAUGGUUGCAGUGUGUCUGGAUAUGUGCGUAUGCGUGCGUGCGUGUGUGUAUGUGUGUAGUGCGUGCGCGAGUGCAUCGAAAUACUCAUUCGUCAAACAUGGGAUAAGAAAGAAAAAAGAAGUUUAUUAAUAUAGAUAUCACUGUUUUAUCUAUAUACCGGGUGUACUUAAAGUAUGUAAUAACGUAAUCCGGUUUAUUAUCGCUAUCACUUGAAUCGAACGAGAAAUCGGAGAUGCUGUCCUUGCGAUAUUAGAGGAAGAAAGAAAAAAAAUUUUCCACUCUUCGUCAUUCUGUCUCUUUUUCUCACUCUUUCUCUCUCUCUUUCUAAGCGCUCACAUCAAGUUGUGAAUAAACAUAUCAUACUUAAUUAAUAUAUUCGACAAAGAGGAUAUCAUCGUUUAAUAUAAUA